AACCCUGAAGACAGAGGAGAAAAAAAGAACAAAAUAUUUUCAUUCUAGGUGUUCAACCUAGAACUAAAACUAGAAAAAUCAAAGCCAUGCACAAAACUACCUCCCUAGAGAAAGGCUAGUCCCUUUUCCUCCCCAUCCAUUUCUUUAUGAACCUCGUAGAAAACAGCGAAUUCUUAUCAAAGCUGAUGAAAAGCGCCAACAUGUCUGAAAUGAAGUAUGACUUUUCCUGUGAACUAUACCGAAUGUCUACGUACUCGACUUUCCCCGCUGGUGUUCUUGUGUCCGAAAGGAGUCUUGCUCGGGCUGGUUUUUAUUACACGGGUGUGAAUGACAAGGUCAAAUGCUUCUGCUGUGGCCUGAUGCUGGAUAACUGGAAACAAGGAGACAAACCGAUUGAAAAGCAUAAAAAGUUGUACCCUAGCUGUGUCUUUCUUCAGAAACUAAAUUCAGGUAACAUUUCGGGAGCCACCUCUCCGCUUAAUUUGCCUUCUUCGGGAACAAAUUCCACACAUUCAGUAUUUCCAAGUUCAGAAAACAGUGGUUAUUUCAGUGGCUCUUAUUCCAGCUUCCCCUCAAGUCCUGUGAACUCAGAACCAAAUCACGAUGUGUCUGCCUUGAGAAGUCCCAACCACUGCAUAAUGAAUACGGAACACGCCAGGUUACUUACUUUCCAGACGUGGCCAUUGACCUUCCUGUCGCCAACCGAUCUGGCAAAAGCGGGUUUUUACUACAUAGGACCUGGAGACAGAGUGGCUUGCUUUGCCUGUGGUGGAAAACUGAGCAACUGGGAACCAAAGGAUGAUGCUAUGUCGGAACACCUGAGACAUUUCCCCCACUGCCCGUUUUUAGAAAGUCGGCCUCAAGACACUUCAAGAUACAGUGUUUCUAAUCUGAGCAUGCAGACACAGGCCGCCCGUUUCAGAACAUUCUGUAACUGGCCCUCUAGUGUUGGAGUUCAUCCUAAGCAGCUUGCAAGUGCAGGUUUUUAUUAUAUGGGUCACAAUGAUGAUGUCAAAUGCUUUUGCUGUGAUGGUGGACUGAGGUGUUGGGAAUCUGGAGAUGACCCCUGGGUACAACAUGCCAAAUGGUUUCCAAGGUGUGAGUACUUGAUACGAGUUAAAGGACAAGAGUUCAUCAGUCGAGUUCAAGCCAAUUACCCUCAUCUACUUGAACAGCUGUUAUCUACUUCAGAGAAUCCAGAAGAUGAAAAUGCAGAGUUACCAAUUAUUCAUUAUGGACCUGGAGAAAACCAUUCGGAAGAUGCAGUCAUGAUGAAUACACCUGUGGUUACAGCUGCCUUGGACAUGGGCUUCAGUAGAAGGCUGGUAAAACAGACAGUUCAGAGUAAAAUUCUAACAACUGGGGAGAAUUAUAAAAUCGUCAGUGAUCUUGUAUUAGAUUUACUUUAUGCUGAAGAUGAAAUAAGGGAAGAGGAGAAAGAAAGAGCAACUGAGGAAGAAGAAUCAGAUGAUCUGUCAUAUAUCCGGAAGAACAGGAUGGCACUUUCUCAACAUUUGACUUGUGUGGUUCCAAUCCUGGAUAGUCUACUAAUUGCCGGAGUGAUUCAUGAACAAGAACAUGAUAUUAUUAGACUGAAAACGCAGACAACUCUGCAAGCAAGAGAACUGAUUGAUACUAUUAUAGUAAAAGGAAAUUUUGCAGCCACCGUAUUCAGAAACUCUCUACAAGAAAAUGACCCCACGUUAUACAAGCGUCUAUUUGUGCAACAGGACAUAAAGUAUGUUCCCACAGAAAAUGUUUCAGACUUACCAAUAGAAGAACAAUUGAGGAGACUACAAGAAGAAAGAACAUGCAAAGUGUGUAUGGACAAAGAAGUUUCCAUAGUGUUUAUUCCGUGUGGUCAUCUAGUAGUAUGCAAAGAUUGUGCCCCUUCUCUAAGAAAAUGUCCUAUUUGUAGAGGUACAAUCAAGGGUACAGUUCGUACAUUUCUUUCAUGAAGAUGAUCCAAAAUUUUGGCAUUAUGGGUUAAAUGUAUUGUAAUUUUAACUUUUAUAUUGCUUUAGUUUACUUAUUUUUUAAAAUUUAUUUACAACUCAGAAAAUUUUGUUUUACACAAGUAUAAAUAUAUUUAUGUAAACAUACAGCUAAACCAUAUAAACAUAUUUCAGAUAGCAAGAGAAUGAUAUGCUUCUUUUCUUGUGAACAAAAAAAUAGGGAUAGCACUACAAGUACAAUACUAAAUCAAAUUCAGCACUACUGAAAUUGUAAGUGAAGUAAAAUUUAAGAUUUGUUAAUUAACCUUUCAGAAUUUUAAAUAUUUCGGAGUUAUAUUAAGAACCAAGAACAUGGAUCCUCUGUCUUUUUUGAUAAGUGUCCUAUACAUGGAAGGUUUUGAUAUUUGUUGAGUAACCUUUUAUAGACAUGGUGUUUUUGUAAAGAACUAUGUGAGAAACGUUUUAAUAAAGCAAUCAGAAUUACUCUUA